CUUCGAUCACGUGUACUGCGCAAAAGAUUGGCGAUUAUUUCUGGACGGUUCUUGCAAAAGUCUGAAAGUAGUAUUAAUUCACAACGAGAAUCAGUUGCCAACAGUUCCAAUAGCAUACGCUACUGAUAUGAAAGAGACGUAUCAAACGAUGGAAAAGAUUUUACGAUUAAUCAAUUACAAUAAACAUCAAUGGCAAAUUGUCUCAGACCUCAAAGUUCUGACAAUACUUCUGGGAAUGCAAGGAGGCUACACUAAGCAUCCGUGCUAUUUCUGCGAAUGGGACAGUCGUGCCAAGGAUCCUUACAAGUGUAGCGUGUGGCCUCCGAGAAAGGGGUUUCAAAUUGGAAUUAAAAAUGUUCUCAAUAUCCCAUUAGUAAAACCUGAUAACAUUAUCUUGCCGCCAUUGGACCUAAAGUUGGGCUACAUGAAACAAUUUGUAAAACGACUCGACAAAAACAGCGAGUCAUUUCUGCACCUGGAAACAGUUUUUCCCAAACUUAGUGAUGCUAAAAUAAAAGAAGGCAUUUUCAUCGGACCCCGGAUUCGCAAGCUGAUGAUUGAUGAGAAUUUUGUCGAAAAACUGAACGAAGUAGAAAAGAGAGCAUGGCUGAGUUUUAUCUCUUUAUGUCAUAACUAUCUUGGAAAUGAAAGAAGUUCUAAUUAUAAGGAAGUGGUUCAAGAGUUUUUGGAAGCUUAUGGAGAAAUGGGAUGCAAAAUGUCAAUCAAGAUACAUUUUUUGCACUCUCACUUGGAUUUCUUCCCGGAUAAUCUGGGUCAGUUUAGCGACGAGCAAGGUGAACGAUUUCACCAGGAAAUCUCGGCAAUCGCUAAUUACUGCUGGUCGCUCAAACGUGAAACCGACGACCUAAUCGCAGAAGAUGAGUGGGAAAAUCCACAUCCUUGCAAUAAAGAUCCUGAUCUGUUGGAGAACAAGUGGGGCCUACUCAAUACCUUUUAUUUGACAGCGGCCUCCAUCAUGCAGGCUGGUUGUGAUAUAUUGCCAAAAAGUGCACCGUUCCGCACAUUCACGGCAAUGUGGUGGAUAAUUGCAGUUAUAAUACCCAACUCUUACACUGCUAAUUUGGCUGCAUUUUUGACCAGCUCAAAAAUGGAGGAUAGUGUUACAGACAUCAAGAGUCUGGCGGAGCAGACAGCUAUAAAGUUUGGCACUAUGGAAGGUGGCAGUACGUAUACGCUGUUUGCCGAGUCGAACGAGACUGUAUAUCGUCUGGCCUUCAAUAUGAUGAACAAUGAAGAUCCCUCGGCGUACACCAAGGAUAAUAAAGAAGGAGUGGAACGAGUGUUAAAAAAUAAUGGAUCAUAUAUGUUUCUAAUGGAGACAACUAGCUUGGAGUACAAUAUUGAGCGCAAUUGCCAGCUCCGCAUAGUAGGCGAGAAAUUCGGAGAAAAACAUUACGCCAUAGCAGUGCCUUUUGGGUUACAUAGCGUCAAAAAAGCUGUGCAGCAUAAAACGCCAGAAAAAAGUAGG